ACAUGUACACUGAUCAUCAGGGCACUAAUGAUCAGUGUGGCCCCAGCCGUGCCACCUGUCAGUGUCCAUCAGUGCCUCGUGUCAGUGCCACAUAUCAGUGCACAUCAAUGCCACAUAUCAGUGCCCAUCUGAGCUGCCUUUCAGUGUCACCCAUCAGUGCCACCUAUCAAUGCCAAUCAGUGUCACCUAUCACUGCCAUGCCCAUCAGUGCCACCUAUCAGUGUCCAUCAGUGCAGCCCAUCACUGCAGCCUCAUUACCGCACAUCAGUGAAGGAGAAAAAUCACUUAUUUAC